AUGCCUUUCGUAGACAAGCAACCUUCAGAUGCCCUUUUCAACUAUGCCUUGACCGAAAUGGCCUGGUCAAUUGAGAGUGACGCAUUUUACUUGGAUUUCUGGCCCAUCGCUGGGCCAAUGUUGGUUCUCAAGAGCCCAACCAUGGCAAUGCAAAUGAUGCAACAGAACAACCCUGGUAAACCAGACUUUCUUGGUAACGCAUUCACUGAGCUCUCCGGUGGGCCGAAUCUGAUCAGCAUGGAGGACGCUAUGUGGAAGAAGUGGAGGGCAAUUUUCACUCCAAUUCUGAGCACGUCGGUCAUUCUUCAACAAGCUCCCAAGGUAGUAGCCCAGUGCGAAGUUUUGUGCGAAAAGCUGCGUCGCCGCGCCCAUGAAGGGAAGAUGUUUCAAUUGGAGGACGAUACAAUUCCCCUCACAUUAGAGGUUAUCUCGACAAUAUCACUAGACAGGCUAUUCAACUAUCAAAUCAAGGACUCCGGAAUGCCUCGACACCUCAGGGCCAUGAUAAACUGGAGCUCCUUUGGCAGCAGCUUGAAUCCAUUCAAACGCUGGAACCCCGUCCGUCCUCUUGUCGUGGCGUAUCAUGGGCACAAGAUCAGCAAAUAUAUCGGCGCAGUACUUGAAGACGACCUUGCUCAAUGA